GGCAGCCCUCUCUUACCACUCGAGGGUGUGUUCAAAUAGCCCUUUUCCCCACCCACAGUGCUGUCCUCUAUAAAAGACCAAGAGCCCUUCACAUGAGUCACAAAGACAAGCUGGUCUAACAGGAGAGAGUCUGAGCUGCUGGUUAGAGAGUCUCGGCUAUCACCCUGAAGACCCUGUUUAAUGCAGUGUGUAGAACAAAGUCCUGUCUAAACCGAUGCUCGAGACCUCCACUGGCGGUGCACAAGAGUUCCUACUUUGAGUCCAAACGGAAUUCCAAUGUGGGUGGUAGAGAAGAUCCGAGUGUCCGUCGAGAGGACCAACCUGCCACUUCCCAUAGCGGAAUACAGCUUCAAAAUCGGUGACAUCAUGUUCGGAGACAAGACAUCCAUUGACAAAUCCAAGAAAGUCUUGCUGUGUCCCAACAUCAUUACCCCGGACACUAUCCCCGAGUUCUGCAUUCCCCCCAAGAUCUCAACCCCAGUUGAGGGCAAGUGUAUGGAGCAGGGGAGGCAGACUCCAUGUAUCCGAGUGUCUCUGUGUGACAGAGGAAGUCCAAAGAAGGAAGUCAUUGCCCGAGAGCUUUCCAAUAACCAUAUAAUCCAGGUGGAGAGUGUUGAUGAUGGGCCGUUUGACAACGGCUGUAGUGAUGAGGAAACCACCAAUGCUGAUCCUCAAAGCCAGGCUGCACUUUCCCUGCCCCACUUAGCUAAAGCUCAAACCUGCUACGGCUUUUGCACCUUGCUUGAAAGUCCCCACACCAGGCGAAAGGAGUCCCUUUUCCACAACGACCCCAACUCGAGUGGAAUCCCCUUGGUUCUUCCGCGAAGUAGAUCAAACACUUGCUCCAAAUCAGCUUCCCCCAUUUUGAAAUCUUCAUCCUCCCCUUCUUCCUUCAGCCUGAAUACUCUUGCUUCUAGACUUUCUCCGAAAGGCUUCACUUUGCACCGACAGGGAACUCUAGAUAGUGAUACCACCUCCUCAGCAGAGUCCUCCCCUUUCAGUUCUCCUCUCCUGAACAGAUGCCCACCAAAACCUUCUCUCCUCAAAGCACUUAACCAUGAGAAACUACUCUACCGCAACCUCCGGAAGGUUGCCAUGUCCAGAAACAAUUCCCUAUCAACGGAUGAGGGUAGCUCCACGGACAACAGCCCCAAUAUAAUGAGAAGAGCAUCCGAAGGCCUUGUUGAACCUCUCCCAUGUGGAUUCGGCUUGGCGCCUCCGGCUAUCUUCCCCAUGGACUUAGUUCUGCACCGGGAGAGGGUGAUGAAGGAGAAUCUGGUGCCCGUAGGAAGGGACGGUACCUUGCGGCUGUCGGCGGAGUACUGCCCUGAAAACCAGAGACUGCGUGUCCGCCUCAUAAGUGCGGAAGGCCUGUACGCUCUGUCAGUGGACCCUAAAAGCAUUAACUGCAGCGUCAGUCUCUCUCUUAUGCCUGGAAAAGUCCAGAAACAGCGCAGCACGGUCAUUAGGAAAAGCCGCAAUCCAAUCUUUAAUGAGGACUUUUUCUUUGACGGUAUAACGGAGGAUGAUCUCUGCCAGAGGUGGCUCCGUUUUAAAGUCGUUAACAAGAUGUCCAGCAUGAAAAGAGACUAUAUUUUGGGCAACUGUGAUCUUCCUCUCACUAGCAUUGUCACAUUAUAAAUCCAACAACUGCUUAAUUUAUUUUGUGUGAGUACGUACGUGCAUGUAUUUGUAUAUAUUAUAUGAAGUGUUAUUUAAUUCCAAAUCUGUU